AUGAGGGACGCUAAUAUCUACGCUACGCGGAGGGCGCUGCCACGCAUGAGCUGGCACCCCCGUAAUCUGUAUAAUCUGUGGCGACGCUCUCUGGGCAAGAAAGUACGGGAAACUGAUUUCACCAAUACCACCAAAACACUGUUCCAGCAGCGCUGGGCGGCGAAGCAGCUCGUCCGGGCGUACCACGGUGACUUCAUCAACGAGAAAAUCUUCAAACGGUGGUACCUCCCCGCGACGCUGCCCGACGUGCGGCCGCGGAAACGGAUCGCGGGCGACGACAGCAUCGACCUUACCAGCUGGGCAGGGCGCACGCGGACGGCGAAGCGCGAGAAGGAGCGGCUAGCGGAGGAGGAGGCGAAGGGCCUCGCGCCUGUGGGCAGUUUGAUGUUUGCGGAGGUGGAGAGGCGGAUUGACGUGUUCAUCUUUCGGUGCUGUUUUGCGCACAGCGUGUAUGAGGCACGGAGGCUGGUCAUUCAUGGUGAUGUUUUGCUGAACGGGAAGAAGCACCAAAAUGCCAACACCAGGCUGGCGCCGGGAGAUAUGGUCUCGGUCAAUCCAAAGGCGAUACGGUUCCUACAGCCCCUUCCUGAGACCAAGUCAGAGGAGAGCGAAGCUACGGAAGCAUCCUCAGAAACGUCAACGGAGAAGACCGGAAAUGAAGUCACCUCCGAGGCAAAGGCGGAGAGUGAAGCCUCCUCGAAAGAGACUGCUGAAAGCCAGGCGUCCGCUUCAGAAGAGGACCUCGAGGAUUCCGAGAACGAAACCGAGAAAGCCCCCUCCAAACCCCGGCGCACCGAGCAGCUCUCCAUCCUCGCUGAGCUUGCCAAGGACCCGAACCUCACACCCUUCAACCUCCCCAAGUACGCGUCCCCCUUCCUCUUCGUCCCCGCGUACAUCGAGGUCUCCUUCCCGACCUGCUCCGCCGUGUACGUGCGCCACCCGACCGCGCGCCCGGGAUACUCGGAGAUCCCGACGCCGUUCGACGCGGACGGCGAGGUGGUGAGGUUGGCGUGGGAGUGGUACUCGCGUGUGCGCCCCCGGAUGCGGAGCAAGAGCCAGCUGGCGCGCAUGCCGGAGAGGAGGGAGAGUAAGGGGCCGUCGUUGGUACUUUAA